UACUUCCGUGUUCUCCCAAAGCAGUCAGCAGGCUGUGUCGGUCGUGUGAUCGCUCAGCUGACACAGACCGCUUCACGCUGAGCUCAGGAUGGCGGUUAUCAAGCUCGCUGCCUUGCUUCUUGCCGCUUCUGUUUGUCUGUGUUCCAAGCAUAAAUCGGAAAAAGUUCCGAAACUUGUGAAUUCUCAGUAUGGCUCUCUUUGGCCGUUGCCUCAGUCCGCGCAGAUCUCUGCUACUGCAUUUCAACUGAGCCGUUCCAGUUUCCAAAUAGUCCAUGCUCCAAAAUCAUCGGCUGGACCAAGAUGCUACCUCUUAGGAGAAGCGUUUCGCAGGUAUUUUGAGUACACCUUCGGAUACUCCAAAAGGCUGAACAAAGACAGGAAGCAGUCAGGAGCCGGUGCAGAAGUGUCUGAGCUGCAGGUUUUAAUUAUGUCCAGUGAGCCGCAGUGUGACGGUUUCCCCAGCGUGAGCUCCGAUGAGUCCUACCAGCUCACCGUGAAUCAACCUACAGCUGUUCUGACAGCUCCUAAUGUGUGGGGCGCACUGCGAGGACUGGAGACAUUCAGCCAGCUGGUGUAUAAAGAUGAAUAUGGGACGCUUUAUAUCAACAAGUCUGAGAUCAAAGAUUUCCCCAGGUUCAACCAUCGAGGGAUUUUGCUGGAUUCAUCUCGGCAUUUCCUGCCUCUUAAAGUCAUUCUAGCAAACUUGGAUGCCAUGGCCAUGAACAAGUAUAAUGUCUUUCACUGGCACAUUGUGGAUGAUCAGUCCUUCCCUUAUCAGAGCUCCCUUUUCCCAGAACUGAGUAAAGAGGGCUCGUAUCAUCCAUACACCCACGUCUACACUCCCGCUGAUGUGAAGAUGGUGAUUGAAUACGCUAGGAUGAGAGGAAUCCGUGUCAUCUCUGAGUUUGACACUCCUGGACACACACAGUCCUGGGGUUUGGGUCAGAAAGGCCUCCUGACUCCCUGUUACUCCGGAGAGAAACCUUCUGGCACCUUCGGGCCUGUGAACCCCAUCCUGAACAGCACCUACGACUUCAUGACACAGUUCUUCAAGGAGGUUAGCUCUGUCUUUCCUGAUGCCUACAUCCACCUUGGAGGAGAUGAGGUGGAUUUCAGCUGCUGGAAAUCAAAUCCCGAUAUACAGAAAUUUAUGGAACAACAAGGCUUUGGCACAGAUUACAGCAAAUUAGAGUCUUAUUAUAUCCAGAGGAUUCUGGAUAUUGUUACUGGCACUAAAAAGGGCUACAUGAUUUGGCAGGAGGUAUUUGACAAUGGAGUGAAGUUAAAGUUAGACACUCUCAUCCAUGUGUGGAAGGGCAGCGAGGAGCAGUACAAGGCAGAGAUGGCAGCUGUAACAGCAGCCGGGUUUCAAGCCCUACUCUCCACCCCCUGGUACCUGAACCGCAUCUCAUACGGACAGGACUGGCAGCAGGGCUACAAAGCUGACCCGCACAGUUUCAACGGAACUGACGCACAGAAGAAGCUUGUGAUUGGUGGAGAGGCUUGUCUUUGGGGAGAAUUUGUGGAUGCAACAAAUCUCACUCCAAGACUCUGGCCUCGUGCCAGUGCUGUAGCUGAGAGGCUGUGGAGCCGCAAAGACGUGAGAGACACUGACGAUGCCUACAGUCGCCUGAGCCAGCACCGCUGCCGCAUGGUUCAGCGUGGAAUACCUGCUGAGCCCCUCUAUGUAGGGCACUGUGAUUAUGAAUACGGAGGCCUAUGAUGAGUGAAAACACACACACACACACACCUUGAGAGAAUGUACAGGACUUCAAAAGGAAGACGGCGCAAAUCAAUAAUGGGAACUUUCAAUCAAGGACAGCAUGUGUCUCUUUUUUUUUUUUUAUAAAUGGCGUUGUAAUAAAUACUGUCAAGCACUCGUGUAAGAGAAUGUUAUUCAGCUUUGUAAUGAUUGUUUACACUUUUUUACAUACAAAUUUAAGAUGUCUUUACACCUCGUAUUGUCUUGGUGGUCCCGGGUUAAAAGUAUGGUUGAUACGUGGAAUGAUGACCACUUUAAAUACAUUCUUAUGAUCUGACUAAAAAUAUAUUCUGAAAAUAAAGUAAAUUCAAUCUGG